AUGGCUGCCGCAGACGACGGUAGCGACCUAGUCGGUAAGGAGUUUACGUCAUUUCCGGCAGCGAUUUUAGAGCAAAUGCUACAGACUUUUCACGUCUUAGCCUUCUUUCUUUCUUUCUUUCUUUCUUUCUUUCUUUUUCUUUCCUUCUCUUUUCUUUCUUUUCAUUUUUCUUUCUUUUCAUUUUCCUUUUGUUUUCAUUUUUCUUUCUUUUUGUUUUUUCUUUCUUUUCGUUUUGUCUUUCUUUUCAUUUUCCUUUUUUUUCAUUUUCCGUUCUUUUCAUUUUUCUUUCUUUUUCAUUUUUUCUUUCUUUUCGUUUUUGUUUCUUUUCAUUUUCCUUUCUUUUUGUUUUUCUUUCUUUCAUUUUCCGGUAACGACACGCAUAUCUAUAUGUAUGUAUGCAGUGAAAAAAAGAAAGAAAAAUGGAAAGAAAAUGAAAAGAAAGAAAAGAAAAAGAAUUUUUCUUUUCUUUCUUUUCAUUUUCUUUCCAUUUUUCUUUCUUUUCUUUUUUUUUUCGUAGAUCUUUGUUACCGUCUUCCUCUUUCGUCAUUUCUUUAA